CGAAAUUAAUUUCUUAUUACAAAAAAGUCAUUUACUAAAAUUAGCGCUUUCCCUUCUGUUUUUCUUUCCCAGUCUCCAAUUGAUCUGCGUCUGUCCGAUCCGACUCAACUGGCGAUUCUGCAAACUGAAACGGCACAAAUUUUGAACUUCUCCUGAGUGGUGGUUCUGAAAUUAAGCGGAAAUGGGGCCCUUUACGGAGUUUUGGGAGGGUUUCACAGGUUUGGUGGACGGAGAUUUGUAAAGGUUUCCUUGUUGCUAUUGAUUUUUAGGGAUAUUCUGAACUUAAUUUGUUCAUUUCCGCUGCUAGAAGUGGAAAGUGAAGGGUUCUGUUGUGGAAUUUGAAAUUUAGGGUUUCUCUUCUCUUGUGAGCUUUGCCAGUUUGUUGAAUUCUUACUGAAAGCUCUAAUUUUAAGCUUAAAUAAUAGGGUUUGGUUACAUUGUAUGAAGAAAUAGGGUUUGUAUUGGGCGAGAAAUGUUUUAUUCACAGUUUAUAUUGGCGAAGAAAGGUCCACUGGGGACGAUAUGGAUAGCUGCCCAUCUGGAGAGGAAACUCCGCAAGAAUCAGGUGGCGGAUACGGACAUCGGUGUUUCUGUUGACUCUAUUCUGUUUCCUGACGUGCCAAUUGCACUCCGAUUGUCCAGUCAUCUUCUUCUUGGAGUGGUGAGGAUAUAUUCUAGAAAGGUGAAUUACCUUUUUGAUGAUUGCAGUGAAGCCUUGCUUAAGAUAAAGCAAGCGUUUCGCUCCACUGCAGUUGAUUUACCACCAGAAGAAUCGACUGCGCCCUACCAUUCAAUCACUUUGCCUGAGACUUUUGAUCUUGAUGAUUUUGAGCUGCCUGAUAAUGAGGUUUUCCACGGUAACUAUGUUGAUCAUCACAUUAGCUCAAGAGAGCAGAUUACUCUUCAAGAUUCCAUGGAUGGCAUGGUAUACUCCACUUCACAAUUUGGAUUAGAUGAGCGGUUUGGUGAUGGGGAUACUUCUCAGAUUGGUCUCCUUGAUGAGGAACUUGUCCUAGAUAGGGUUUCGGUGCCAGGAGAUGAUGGAACUUCAGUUUAUGAUCAUCGGGGGUCAGAUGUACCAGAAACAGAAGACCCAAGUAAUUUAGAAGCUGUGCCAAUCGAUUGCAUUGGGGAUCAGGUUGAAGGUCUAGCUGUAAAUUCUGAAAUUGGCGAGUAUGAUCAAGAUCCAGGUGCUCCUGGACUAGUGGAAGUGCAUAACUUGUCUGGUGUUCAUGAUCCACUGGCUGGUGGUGAUCAUGUAGAAGUAGAACCAGAACAUCAUAAUCAUAUAGAAUUGGACAAUUCUGAAUAUGUAGAACAUGCUUCUAAUAAAUCAAUGCUUCCCCAUGCGGAUGACAUUCCAGUGGAUCAGUCUUUGCAAACUAAUAUAAAUUGUGAUGCUAUUGUUAGUAUACCACAAGGAAAUUCUCUCCAUGGUGCUGCUUCUGAAGAGUACAAGUCUGCUGAUAUGACUAUCAGAGAACCUGAUGGUUUGGAUAGAGUGGAAGAUGCACAUUACAGUGUGAUGCACUCAAGAGAUAGAACCGAUGGUGAAUGUGCAGAAUCUCCUAGCUGCUCCAAUGUCACCUUUGAUUUGGAAGACCCUGCUCGAAGAACAUGUUCAAGUAGCACCUGUGUGCCCACAUCAGGUGGCUAUUUGGAGAAUUAUCAAUCAUCAUACAAGUCAGAAUUUGGCAAUGAUGCUGAAACCACCAAUAAUUUGGAAGAGUCAUAUUCACCUUCCAAAGCAACAGCUUCAAAUCCUUCGUGUCCUUUUGAAUCGCCCAGUAGACCAACAGUUAUUGAUGGUGAAGUGCAAGCUUGUCAGGAACCGAACAAUUUUGAGAAUCUUAAAAGACCUGUUAUUCAUGAAGAUGUCUCAUCUAUGCAAGUUCUUGUAUCUGAGAAUUUGGUUGCUGCAGAGCAAAACUUGGUCGACCUGUCCAGAAGGGAGGAGGAGUUUGAUCCUUCUGGAGCUUGCAUUGAGGUGCAAGGUGAAGCCUUCCAAAUUCAGAUGUCAGAACCCGCUGCAUAUGAUGAUCAGUUGGAAAGUUCAAAUAAUUGUGCUAUGUCUGAUUUGCCUGCACCUGAAAAGUUACUCUCUGUACCGGAAGGACCUAUUGAUAAACCAAGUGAUUUACUGGGUGAGUGUACUCUAGACAAAGAGGUUCCAGAAGGGAAUCAUGAAGUUUAUGCCGGAAACAAAUUCAUUUCAGGCAAAAAACGAAGUAUAACCGAAAGUACAAUAACUGUUGAGAGUAUGAACUCAGUUGAAUCAUUUAGAAGACCUCAAUUCAGAACCGCAGAAUCGAUUCCUGAUGAUGAUGACUUAUUGUCUUCUAUUUUAGUUGGUAGAACUUCAGUUUUCAAAAUGAAAGCAACUCCUGCCCUUGAAGUAGCAUCAUUGAAACGUGCACGAUCCGCACCAAGACGUAGUGCCACCAAGAGAAAAGUGCUUAUGGAUGAUACCAUGGUCUUACAUGGCGAUACAAUACGUCAGCAGUUGGUUAAUACUGAAGACAUACGUCGUAUACGUAAGAAAGCGCCUUGCACUCGCCCUGAAAUUUCAUUGAUUCAGAGACAAUUCUUGGAAGAUGAAAUAUUUAGUGAACCUAUAUUUACUGGUGUAUCUGGUGACUUGGCAUGUUUGCACAGUGGCCCCUAUGACCUAAGUGGUAUCAGGAUUUCUGAAGGUGAUGAAAUUCAUGCAUCAUCUGAAGUAGCUAAGGAUUCAGGGUGUUCUGAAAGGCCUAAUAUUGUUGAAGGCUGCGACAUUGAAGGGAGCUCCAUGCCCGUGAAUAAUGGGAAUGACACGCAAGCACAAUCUGCUGGAACUCCUAUUCAGGCUGAUAUUCAGCAGGGUCAGUACAGUGAUCUGAAUGAUCAGCAGGAUAGAAAUGCUGUUGAUGAUGUACCUGAACUUUUGCGACAUGAACCUUUAGAUGGGAUCAUGGGAAUGGAUAUUGAAAGAGAUAAUGUUGCGGUUGCUAAUGCAGCUACGUGCUCUGUUCUGAACGAGUCUGAAAUAUCAUCCCCUUCUAAUCUAGUUACUGGAGAUACUGGUAAGAUGACAGCUGUGGAGACAACUAACAGCAUAGAUGGUUUUAUCUUAAACAAUGCAACAUGUAUUCCUCCUGAUCAAAAAAUGAAUACUCAACCUGGGGAGGAUGCUUCAGAAUUGGAUUUGAGAAAUGAAAAUAGGACCAAUCUUACUGAAGUUCUAGAACAUAAUGUUCAGAGUAUUAAUGCAGCUGAAAUAGAGUCAAAAUUGUUGGAAGAAAGUAAAACUGGAGUUGAGGUCAAUCUAGCAAACAGCUGUGUACCUAUUGAGAAUAGAACAGAUUCUUUUUCAACCAUACAAACUGGUGAAUUUGCGAAUGGUGCUCAAAAUGGAUGUGAAACUGGAUAUGAUAAAGUUGGUGUAGUAGAUGAGGCUCAGGUUGAGGGUGCACUCUCGGAUCAUGAUGAUAAGGACCCAAUCUGUAAGGGUAGUGAAGAAUGUAAAAUGGAUUCUACAUACUCUGAAAAGGUUGUUCUGGUUCUGGAAAAUGCUUCAUUAAAUGAUGGUGAAACUCCAGCCUUUCAGGAAGUUAAUGCAGUCAGUGAAGAAAGGACCUCUCUUGUGGAUAAUCAAGCUGAAUAUGAGGAUGUAGCAGUUGCUAAUGAUACAGAAUUUCUGAAUGUAGAUGAUGAUGAGCUAUGUGAGGAUGAUGAUGAUGGCAUGCCAUGUGAUGAAAGCCGUCUUCUUGAAAAUAGUGGAUGGUCCUCUCGCACAAGGGCUGUUGCCAAAUAUCUCCAGAAUUUACUCGAGGAUGAAGCUGUACAUGGACGUAAGGUACUUUCCAUGGACAGUCUUUUGGCUCGUAAAACACGUAAAGAAGCAUCGAGGAUGUUUUUUGAAACACUGGUACUGAAGACAAGAGAUUACAUCCAUGUAGAACAGGUGAAACCCUUCGACAACAUCUGUAUAAAGGCUGGAGCAAAACUCAUGAAAUCAGAUUUCUGAACUGAUCUCCCUUCCAAAGGAAAGAGCAAAUACGGUGAAAAGUGCCUUGUUGUAGUUGUAGUUCUGAUGCGCAGGCCACACCAGGUAAUUAUUUUGUUUCAAAAUGGUAUUUGUUUUUCAAAUUUUAUUUUAAAAAAGAAGAUAGUUGUUGUCUAGGUCUUCUCAUGUAAUUGGGUAGCCUUAACAGUGGGAUGGAACUGCACAUCAUGUUGAUUGUUACGACAAAUGUAGCAGGAUAAUAAUUGUUUAUGUGUAAAAUAUAUCAAUUUACAAUUGAAGAUGCUAAUUUGUUUA